AUGUAUAGUUUUGAACCAGCGCUAGCUCAGAGUGGGACGGAAGAAAUAAUGAACGAUAUGCCAAUGAUGAUUUGGUAUCACCUGGCAUCUGACAUCAACAAGCAAGCUGCUCAGUUCGACUUUGAUUACAAAUGGAAAUCAAUAUGUGAAUGUGGGUGUUUGGAACUGGAAGCAAAGAAAGGUUUAUGGAAGCAGCUCACAUCACCGGACUACCCUAGUCAUUAUUGUAAUUUGAUGAAAUGCCAAUAUCUAAUAACCGCACCACAAGGAUACAUUGUUAUUGCAAAUAUUACUGAAGUAGCUCUGGAGCCAAACGAAGAUGUGCUGGCUAUUUUCGACGGAAGUAAUAUAACCGAUAGACGAAUUAAAAUGUUUGUUCCAUUCUUCCUUUUCUUGUUCUUUUGGAAUCAGUGA